GUGUACUUCACCUUUUUCUUUUAUAUUCUUUAUUGAUGAGCGUACUCUUCCGUCACCUUUUUCUUUAAGUAGUGCUUGAAGCUUCAAAGCUUGAGUAUUUCCUUAUUUGUUGGCUGCACUGGUUUACCAAAUAGUGGCAUUAUAAAGCUCAAAACAUCAUCUUUACGAAAUUCUAUAAACCUCGAUUUUUCUUCAGGUUUUUAAACAAUACAUUGUGGUUUUUCAGUUAAAAGGGACUGGUAUCCGGGCAAGUAAUCGUAUGCGCCGCAUGUUACUAAAAAAAAUAUAUAUAUUUCUAGAUACAUUACUAAAUGACUGCAUACCGUAGUUGUGUUUUCAAGAUCCGCCACUGCAGAUAUCUUUAAGAAGCAUUAGCAUUUAGCCAAAUUAAGAAAAUGAGGAGAAUGAUGGUGGAGAUUCCGAUUCCUGAAAAAUGGGAACAAUUAUGGUAUACAUGUGAUCUCCGAGGGUUCAUCAUCUUGAGUCUUUCCUUACAAACAUUUAUGAUUCUGGUUGCUCCUUUAAGAAAAAGAACAAAAAGCAAUUGGAUAAUCAUGUCAUUGUGGUCUGCAUAUCUGCUAGCUGAUUGGGCGGCUAACUUUGCCGUUGCCCUGAUCUCGAACAGCCAAGGAAACCCUAACUGCAGCCUCGGGAAAAAACAGGUUAGGUUGGCUGUGGAAAACGAGGACCUUCUUGCCUUCUGGUCACCAUUUCUUUUGCUGCACCUUGGUGGUCCCGACACUAUUACCGCUUUUGCGUUAGAAGAUAAUGAGUUGUGGCUUCGCCAUCUUCUUGGUCUUAUUUUCCAGUGUUUAGCUACUGUUUAUGUGUUUGUUCAGUCACUACCAAAAAAUCGGCUAUGGAUUCCCACAAUGUUGAUGUUCUUAACAGGAAUCAUCAAAUAUAGUGAGAGGACAUACUCGCUCUAUCGCGCUAGUGCUGAUAGAUUUAAAGAUUCCAUUGGUACAGCCGCUGAUCCUGGGCCGAACUAUGAACAAGUAAUGGAUGGAUUCUUUUCAAAGAAGAUGGAUAAACUACCAACAAGAAUUGAAAUUGUUUCAGAUCCAGAUCGUGGGGCUACAUCAGCAAGAAAGGCUAAAAAAGGGUCUUUGACAGAGUUGGAGCUAGUGCAGUAUGCAUAUCAAUUCUUUGAAACAUUCAAAGGGAUUAUUGUUGAUAUGAUUUUCAGUCGACGUGAACGGAAUCAGAGUAGUGCUUUUUUCCAGAAUCGAAACGCAGAAGAUGCUUUCAAACUGGUCGAGAUUGAGUUAAAUUUUAUGUAUGAGGUUCUCUUCACCAAGAUUCCUUUGGUGUUUAGUUUAACUGGAGCCAUUACCCGGUUUUUCUCAUUGGCGACGAUUUGUUCAACAAUCGUUUUAUUUAUAUUCGAAAACAAAACAAAUUUUAAAAGAGUUGAUGUCAUGAUAACAUAUGGUUUGCUCUUUGGUGCUUUGGUUUUGGAUUUCGUCGCACUACUCAUGCUCUUACUAUCAGACUGGAUCAUCAUUUCUUUACGGAAGUCUCCUGAGAUUGAACUAAAAAACAAGACUCUCAAGACAAGACUCGUCAGUGCAUUUUUUAGACUCAGGUUCGCGGGAACUCUUGGGUACACAAAAGAUCAUUCCCAAUCACAUACUUGCAAAUAUUCCGAGAUUAAGUUUUUAAGACGAAGGUGGUCGGAAUCCAUUUCAACUUACAACGUUAUCUAUUACUGCUUGCACCCACGUCCAGGCAUACAUCAAUUUCUUUAUCAAAACUUUGGGCUUAGUGGGCUUUUGGAUGAGAUCAAGUAUGUUAAAUCCAAAAGCUUCACCCCAAAACUUAAAGAAUUCAUCUUCAAUGAGCUGAAAGUAAAAUCAGAACUUGCAGACGACUUGGAAACUGCAAAGGAGAUAUGUUCGGCACGAGGAAAUUGGACGAUCCUCAUGGAAAAUGGUUGGGGUAGCUUACUUCAAUAUAUUAUAGAUGUUGACUAUGAUCAGAGUCUCAUACUCUGGCACAUCGCCACUGAGCUAUGCUACAAUAAGGCACCCAUACCUGCCAACAAUGAUCAUCGGGAAAUUUCAAAACUAUUAUCAGAUUACAUGUUAUACCUUCUUAUCAUGCAGCCAAACAUGAUAUCUUCAGUGGCAGGUAUUGGGCACAUACGGUUUCGGGAUACUGGUGCCGAGGCCAUGAGGCUUUUUGAUGAAAUAGGUUGUGGAGUACAAAAUUUGAACCAAUUUGUUGCUUGUAGUGGAAUUCUUAGUGUACGAACGGAAGUGCCACCAGUGACGAUAAAAGGUGACCGGAGCAAGUCGGUGCUAUUUGAUAGUUGUAAUUUGGCCAAAGAGUUGAUGCAUAUAGAGGAAAGGGAUAUGAAUAAGGAUAAAUGGUUCAUUAUAAGCAAGGUAUGGGUGGAGUUAUUGUGUUAUGGUGCAUGUAAUUCACGAGCCAACACUCUAGCAGCACAAGUGAGCAAAGGAGGUGAGCUCAUUACCAUCGUUUGGUUGUUGAUGUUUCAUUUGGGUUUAAGUGAUCAAUUCCAAACUAAUCGUCAACCAAUAGCAAAACUCAUUGUUGGCAAGUAGUUUAGUCUUUUUCGACCUUUCUAUGAAAUUUGAACACCUGUAAAAUACUAUGGUUCAUAAAAUAUUUUCCGAUUUUAUGUUA